AAAUAAAAUGUUACAAUCCAUUGCCUCUUCCCUCAUUCGUUCUUUUGUCUCUCAAAAAUCCCAAAUUGAAUGCUACAUGCUACAAGUAAUGAGCUCGUUUACAGUGCCAUUUCUACUUGCACCAACUAAAUAUUUUCCAAAAAUUGCUGUUACUGCUACUAGUUUCAAUUUCAAUAAUAGAAAGAAGAGGGUUUUGCCAUUUGUGUGGCAACUAAGGUGUAAAUGCAAAGAAAGCAGCUUAUCUAGUUAUGCAUUAUCCUCAAAAGGGGAUUGGUUGGAAAUUAAUGAUGAGGGAAAAGAAGAGUUUAUAGUGGUAAAUUUCUACUGCUUUGUUUUCGUUAAGGACCCUGAAGAGGAGGUCACCAAACACCUUUCCUUUAUGGAGGGACGAGAUAUACAUGGCCGCAUAUAUUUAAACCAACAGGGAAUUAAUGCACAGUACAGUGGACCAAAAAAAGAUGCUCUUGCUUAUGUUAAGUGGGUAAGGGAAGACUCCAGAUUUUCUAAUGUACUGGUCCAGAUCUCGUCAGCAUUGAACGGACAUGUCUUUCCAAGAUUGAAGCUACGUUAUAAGCCCUCUCUUGUACAGUUAGAAGGAGGGAUUUCUCACCUUCCUUUGCUUGAUCCAUCAAUGAGAGCGGCACCUUUGGCACCAUCUGAAUGGAGGAAGAGACUGGAAGCUGUAAAUAACACUAAUAAUUCGUCACAUGAAAAUUCCAACCCCAGUUGUAUACUUCUUGAUGUGAGAAAUGGUUAUGAAUGGGAUGUUGGGCAUUUUCAAGGCGCUCAGCGACCGGAUGUUGAUUGUUUUCGGGCCACUUCAUUUGGAAAAUCUGAGUCAGAGGUGAUUGCCUCAGAUCCUUUAGCAGCUGCUGAUAAGGAGAGAACUGAUAUAUUAAUGUACUGCACUGGAGGUAUCCGCUGUGAUGUAUAUUCUGCUAUACUACGAAAGCAAGGUUUUAAACAAUUAUAUACCUUGAAAGGGGGCGUUUCUCAUUAUCUUGAGAGUGAAGGUUCUGUAGGAUGGGUUGGAAAUCUAUUUGUGUUUGAUGCCCGUCUUUCUCUACCACCUUCGACUGACAAGACUGCGGUGGAGAUCGAGGCAACCACAAUGCUAGAAGGCUCCGUGGAUGACUCAUUUGCCAAAUGCUACAUAUGUGGUUCACAAGUCUCUGAGUUGAGGCACCGCAAUUGUGCAAACCUUGAUUGCAACCUACUUUUCCUAUGCUGCGCAGGCUGCGUGGAAAGUUUAAGGGGAUGCUGCUGUUCUGAAUGCACAUCCGCACGUCGACUUAGGCCGGUGCUGACAGGUCAUCAGAGAUACCGAAAAUGGCAUAAUUAUCGCGAUUUUGAAUUGCAAAGCCGGUGACAGCUUGAUCAGUAAUUGAUGUCCAUAUCUUUGAAAGGGAGUGUAGUUCUCGCACUGAAAAUGUAGAUCUUCAGUCUAGUAUUAAAGCCUAGACAAGGUAAUGUAGCACCUCUCAUUGGCCACCAAAUGCAUUUUUCUUUUAUCUCCUUUUUUGUGGCAUUUUUCUCCUCAUUUUUCCUAUUAAUUUAUGUUUAGUUAUUUCCUUGUACAUGUGAGUUGUAACUGCAGCAAUAAUGCACAUAAUGGUGCAAUUAUUGUGUAACAAAUAAUCUCCUUGAAUUACCGGUUACAAAGAAAACAUUGGUUA